AUGAAGGUGGUCUUGUGUUUGGGCGUGGUAAUUGCCCUCUUGGGUGGGUCUGUGGCCAUGUUGUUGGACCCUGAAAGAGUAGCCGCUCGGCUCCGAAUCGAGGCCGAAGCCGAACAAGACAAGUUACUCCGAACGGGACGGAAUCGGCGGCAACUCAGCCAGCCGAAGGAGGUCACCAUUCAGGUUAGCCUUUUUUUGUUAUCUGGUUUGCAUCUUUUUGGUGGGAUUAGGCGAUUAUCGGGACUUAUUAUCUGAUCAAUAAAAAUCAAAUUUAGGUUACGGCGCCGCUUUUCUCAAGUCGUUUGUUCGAGUACGGCGACGAAGCCGGAGAUCAAGAACUGCCCGUUUCUCUGGACAGCACCAAGAAAUUGCAGUUGUCCAAACCAAUCUCAUUCUAUGGGAAACAGUAUCAAACAGUCUACAUUGGCAGUAAUGGGGCCAUUACAUUUGAUACAGCCAUCAGAACACAUCGUUCUAAUAUUCUGCCGAGCAAUUACGUUAUGAUCGCUCCUUUCUGGAACCGGAACAAGCUCGAGAAUGGCGGUCAUGUCUAUUACCGCGAAAUUACUUCUGGUCGAGUGUUAGAACGAGGACAAAGUGAAAUUCGAUAUCAAUACGAUAAGAGUGUAAAAGUUAUCUCAUGCUUGUUGGUGACCUGGGAGAAGAUGCAGCCGUUGGGAGCCAAUCCUUUGCCCGAUGAGAAUACCAACACCUUCCAGGCCGCUCUAUUUGUCACUGAUAACGGCACUUAUGCCAAUUUCAUCUACAAUAACAUUGGUUGGACCCAAGGUGCCGAGGUUUGUUUUCUUUCAUGUCUUUUGUUAUUGCGCAAUCAGGUUGAGAAACCAGUUUCCUCGACGCCUCUAACAAUAGACAGUUUUUGCACUAAUGAAUAGGGAAAUGACGCUUUAUACGAGCAAUUAAGCGACUUUCUUUCAGGCCGGUUUUAAUGGAGGACAGGACAGUCUAUUCUACGCUCUACCCACUUCAGGCACUGGGAAUAUCAUGUACUUGGAGGAGUAUGGAAACACGGGAAUUCCAGGGGAAUGGAUGUUCGAAUUGGGCGAAAAAAGAAUCAUCCGAUGCAAAGCCGGGCUCAAGGGCGAUACUUGUGAUGAAGGUAUGUUAUGAGAAGGUUGCACUUUACAUAUGUCAUCCGUUUAGAAUGUUCACCGGGAGAAUGGGGAAUCGAUUGCAUUGGAUGCUGUCAUUGUUCUGGCAACACUACUUGCAAUAAAGUGAAUGGGGAAUGUCCAAACAAUCAAUGCUCCGAAUGUUUCAGUGGUUCGCAAUGUCAGACAAGUAAGUAUAAAUGAAAAGUAUAACAAUACUCUCCAGAACUCUCCAAAUGUUCUAUGGAUUCACCUCGGAAAUGUGCUCGGAAUGGAAUCUCCCUAACUGAUUACGACCGUUGCGGAGAGCCUCUUCAAAGAUGCCAAUGUCUGGAUGGAUACGAAGGUGACGGUUAUGCCAGAUGUAAUGACAUUGAUGAAUGUAAAAAGAACAAUGUCUGUCAUCAGGAUGCUGUUUGUACGAACACUCCCGGCCAUUUCUUCUGUCAAUGUAAACCCGGAUACAGUGGAGAUGGAGUGAUGGAAUGCAUGGCGUCUGACUCCUUCUUGUUCCCCACCAAUGGAGAAAACCUUCCUCCAUCACAGAACUCCAAAGUAACAAUCCAAUUGCAGAAACCGGUCAAAUUAUUCGGAUUGGAUACUAGCCAAUUAACGGUUCGUUUCGCAAUGAUUGCGUAAUUCAUAAAAAAGAUGACAUUAAAUGAUUAUUUCUUCAGAUAUCAUCAAAUGGAUUGAUAACCGUGGACGACUCAGUUAACAUUCUUCCCGGAGAUAGUCUUGAUGACAUGAAUGUUGUGGGAAUAGCUCCAUUUUUCGCUCCUAUUGAUCUCUCCAAAGGUGGAGAUGUUAGAGUAAAGGAAAGCGCCGAGGAUGGAGUUCUGGCCAGGGCUACACACAUUGUCAAUGAUAAUGGGGAGUCUGGAGGUUUUAUUGCCGAUAACGUAAUCAUCAUAUCCUUCAUCAAUGUUUCAACUCCUUCAACCCAAACCACCAAUACCUACCAAACAGUGGUGAUCAGUGGAAGAGAUUCUAAGAAACAGCCUUCAACUUUCGUGGAAUUUCUUUAUAAGGAUUUAACAUGGACUCCCAAUGCUGAAGCUGGAAUUAUGACCUCAGAUAAGAGCAAUUCAAUUCAAUUACCCGGAUCGGGCACUGAGGGAAUGGAACAACUCAGUCAGCUGAGCAAUGUCAGACAACCCGGUGUCUGGUUGUAUCGUGUUGACCGAGAUGUGAUUCAUCAAUGUAUGAAAAGUGAUCUGCAACCUCCCUACUGCGACGCCGAGUCACCUCCUCUCAUUAAGAAAACGCAAUCUAAUGAGAUCCCUGAGGUUAAACAAACAACACCUCAGGUUAAGAUUCCCACGGAGUCAGUUCCCACCGAGAUUGACGAUGAUCAAUUCGAGAUUCCAGAGGUUGCCUCCACAUCGAUCGUCCCUCCUUCUGAACCUUCUACUCAACGUGUCCCUGCAGUAUUUGCCACUGCCGAAACCCGUCGUCCCCAAAUCUCUCUUCAUGUUCAGAAUACGCCGGAAUUAGAGCGACCAUCCACUCUUCCAAUUCCAACGAUUAGCACCACUCAUCGACCAAUUGUUCAACUAAACAGCAAAGAGAUCGAGGCCCUGCCUCCAGAUGUGUUCGAGAAUCCACUUCCACCUUUCGUCACCGUUGUUCCAGAACUCUUCACGGCCAAAUCAAAACCAAACGAAGAGCCCACUCAGAUUGGGAAAGUCCAUGUAAUCCAGCCGGAACUAAUCCGACCUUCAAUUAUUGGCAGCUUCAAUACAAACCCUCCAGCUGUCGUGACGUCCGUUGAAGAAGUUACACAUGAAUUCAUCAAUAACGACUUCCCUCAGGCACCAAUAGAGACCACGGUAGUGGAGGACGAGGCCCCUACCAGUACUCCAACAACUCCUGAAUCCACAACUACCGCAACAACACAGUCUACAACGACAGCUACUGAGACAACUACAGUGAUCUCAGAACAAUCCCCAUCCUCAAAGAAUGUCAUCAAAAUUCAGACCGAGACCAUGCCCACUACCAACAACAACCUCUUUGUCUUUACGUCAACAAAAUCUGUAAGUCCUGCUUCUUUAUAUGAUGUUUUACAUUACAGCCUCCCAAGAAGAUCUUAUCGUCAAAACCGAAGAUUGUGACAGGAUCCCCACAUAAAGAGAAUGAGGAAAUGGAUAAUUCGAUCGAACAGGGGCGUGUCCUGGAGGCUGAGAUGGCCGGAAGUAGAUUGGCAGUAGUAAUUCCAGUUACUAUUGUAGCUGUCUGGGUAGUCAUUCUUAUUGUAAUUGCCUUUGUAUUGUGUUGCCAAAGGAGGUAAGUGUGCUUACGAAUUCAAACACAUCAAAAUCGCAAUUACAGGAGGACCCAUCACACUCUUCGGACGGUCUACGGUCCACCAUAUCACAUUCGACCGGUCGGAACAUAUACAUUAAGAGGAGACCCUUCUCUGAAACAUUAUGAGGGGAUCUACGAAGAGAACAUAGAGAAGAGUCGAGGCUUCCCUGCAGAUCUGGGGCCUUACCAAACGGUGCGUCAUUCCACACCAUCCUCCACCGCGUGAGGCACUGCACUUGAUCACGAUUUCACUCACUCUGUCACCUACAAACAUGGCCAUUAAUUAAUUUUUUUGAAAUUUCUAGGGCGGUCGGAUGUCCUUAUAUGGAUCGUAUUGGAAUCUCUCAAAUGCAUCGCGCAGUGGGAUCGACCGAUUGCAUCCGAUGUCAUAG